AUGCUUUUAUUUGCGACUAUAAUUGUUAGUCUUGGCGUUAGUCAAGCUGAUGACCCGUUGCGUCCACAAUAUCAUAUGAUGCCACCUAAAAAUUGGCUCAAUGAUCCAAAUGGACCUGUAUACUACAAUGGUUACUAUCAUAUGUUCUUUCAGCAUAAUCCGAAUGCAGCCGUAUGGGGAGAUAUGCAUUGGGGUCAUUGCUACAGUGAAGAUAUGGUUCAUUGGAUUCAUUUACCGGUAGCUAUUGCACCUGAUCAACCGUAUGAUAAAAACGGAAUAUUUACUGGAAGUACAACUCUUGUUGAUGGUAUUCCAGUUAUUAUCUACACUGGAAUAACAGAAACAAAUGAACAAGUACAAUGUCAAGCUCGACCAGCUAAUCUAUCUGAUCCGACAUUAACAAGUUGGAUUAAAUCUCCGCUAAAUCCCAUUAUAACACAUCCCAAUGGACGUGAUCCAGCAACAGCAUUUGAAGAUGAUUAUAAUAAUUAUUAUUUAAUCUAUGGAUUUGGAACAGAUGAAUUAGGUGGUCAAGCAGUAUUGUUUACUUCAAAAGACUUUUCCAAUUGGACAUAUCUACAUCCAAUUCAUAGCAAUCAUUAUGAUAAUUUUUGGGAAUGUCCAGAUAUUUUUAAUGUUUCGAAUCGAAUCGUCUUAAAAGCAUCAUUACGUGGUCAAGAUUUUUGGGCUAUAGGCGAUUUUGAUCCAACUAAUUUAAUUUUUGUACCAGUAGGUAAUGAUCUUGGUGAAUACACACAAUUAAUUGAUCAAGGAAAAUUUUAUGCAUCAAAAUCAUUUUAUGAUCCAUUGAAUGAUCAACAAGUAAUUAUGGGUUGGACUGCUGAAGAUGAUAAUCAAGGUGAACAACGUGGUUGGCAAGGUUUACAUACUCUUCCACGAGCUAUCUUUCUUUCUGAUGAUGGACUUCAAUUACGUACACGUCCAAUAGAAGCAUUACAAAGUCUAAGAAAUGAAAAGACUCAUCGACAUUUUCAGAAUGUUAUUUUACCAACAGUAAUUCCGUUCGUACUUGUACCUGAUGUUAGUGGAAAUCAAAUAGAAAUUAUAAUCAAUUGGCAAUUUUCAAUGAAUCAGAAUUUAGAUUUUGGCAUGAGUGUUCUUUCAACAUCCGAUGGUAGUCAACAAACAAAUAUUGGAAUUAUAACACAAAGAAAUACGAGUGUGAUGAUGAAUUGGGAUCUGGCAGGAUGGGAUUAUUUCAGUGUUCCUAAUAUUCAUCAGUGGUCUGAUUGUCAACCAGUUUGUGAUCAAGAUACAAAAUGUCAAGCUUGGACAUUUGUAACUGAUCGACAAAUUAAUAAUAAUUGCUUUCUUAAAUCAGGUAUACCUCUUUUAAAUUCAAAUGCGGCAUGUGUAUCAGGUGUUAAACAGAAAGGAUUAGAUCAACAACCUGUUUGGAUUUAUAUUGAUCGAACAUUAUCACAAACAAAUCCAGCAGCAGCACAUUCACCACUUCAUGGAACUAUUUGGAUGGAACCAUCGUCGUCGUUAUUAAAUGGUCAAUGGUUUCUUGGAUUAAAUAUUUUUAUUGAUCAUUCGAUUAUUGAAGUGUUUGAACCAAAAGGCGGUCGUGUGGCCAUUACAGCACGUGUCUAUCCUGAAAAAGAGAAUGCGAAAUAUCUGGGUGUGUAUGUGCAUGAAGCUUCGACGGAUGAGAAUAAAAUUAUCAUUAAUACACUAGAUAUCUGGACUCUGAACACUAUCUGGACAUGA